GCCCCCCCCCACACACACAGCACCUGCGCUAUAUAAGGCCGGGGAGAUUGCAUCUCCUAGCAUUGAUAGGCGCGGUGUUGAGGAGCAACGGCGGGGAGGGUGAGAGGAGGAGGAGGCGGAGACGAGAGGGAGAGACGCCGCCACCACCACCACCACUGAGAACAUCACCAGCAGCUGCUGCAGUAGCAGCAGCAGCAGCGACAACCAUGGGCUUCGCUCAUCAGCUCGGGCUGCUGCUGUGGAAGAAUGUCACCCUCAAACGGCGCGGCCCGUGGGUGCUAGCUUGUGAGGUCUUCAUACCGCUGGCGCUCUUCUUCGUUCUGCUUGGACUUCGGCAGAAGAAGCCAACCAUCUCUGUCAACGAAGUCUCGUACUACUCAGCCUCGCCCUUAACCUCGGCGGGGAUCGUGCACAUCAUGCAGUCCAUCUGCCCCGAUGGACAGAGGGAUGCGUUCGGCUUCCUGGAGUACCGCAACUCCAUGGUGACUCAGCUGCUGGAGCGGCUGGGCGAGGUGACGGCCGACACGGACUUGCUCUCCCCUGAGCGCGCCAGCCUGGACGUGGAGCUCGGGGCGCUGCGGCAGCACGCGGCGGAGCUGGGGGGGCAGCCCGGCCCCCUGGAGCGCAGCCUCAACGCGGCCCACAACCUGACGCUCUCCACACUGCUGAGAGACCCGGAGACUUUCCGUGACUUCCUGAGCCGGAACCUCUCGCUGAGCGAUGGGGCGGCCGCCGCUCUGCUGGACUCGCCGAUAGACACACGAGAGCUGUACCGCCUCUUCCUGGGCUCUUACCCUCUGGUGCCCAAGGAAGCAUGGGACAAGGAAGAGGGCGACUCCUCCAGGGACUCCACCAACAGCAUCCCGGCCUUCCAGGAGCAGCUGGUGUCCAAGUGGAGGAACCUGCACAGGGGGCUUCUGCAGCAGGCGCUGCAGGACCCGGCGCUGGCUUCGCAGAGACCAGCCCUGCUGUUCGCCCUCGCACAGGCGCUGGGGCUCGCCAAUGCCAGCAGCAGUAACGGCGGCGGCAGCAGUAACGGCGGCGGCAGCAGCAACAGCAGCAAUCGGCCAGGGGGGGAGGAUGGUGGCGAUGGUGACAGCAGCGGCGCCUCGCUCGUGCGCGCUCUGCAGAACGUCCUGCUCACCCCAACGCAGCUCUUCCGCCUCGCUUGCGCCACCGACAAAGGGGAACCGCCACGGCCGCUCCUGCUGCGGCCGUCUGGCGCCGCGGCCCAGGGUGGCCUGCGCGAGGUUCGGUCCCGCCUGUGCCCGGCGGGGGCGGCGCCGCAGGCGGCCGAUGGCGCGGCCGGCGCUCCUCCGCGGCGGAACGACGGCGGUGGCGCCGGCGGCGAGGCGCUGGCGGCGUUCUCGAGCCUGGCGCUGGAGCUGAGGCAGCAGGUGGAGCCGGCCAAGGUGGUGCAGCAGCUGGACCUCGAGCGCAUGAACGCCAGCGGCACGCGGCAGCGCCUGCAGGAGCUGCUGGAGGACGUGGGGCGGCUGCACAAGCUGCUGCGGGACAUCCAUCUGCUCUCGGGGCUAGCUCGCCUCCUCCCCAAGGGCGCCUGCGCCACCAGGCGGGGGACCGGCGCCACCUCCUCCUCGCAGGACCCCGACGGGCACGUAGCUGGCAACGGGACCACCUUCGGCACGGGGAAUGCAACAACGACGGCGGUGCCGCCGAACGGCACGGAGGGAGCGCCGCGCGAGGAUGCGGUGGCCGACGACGCCAACGGCGAUGACGCCGACGACGCCGACGACGACGCGGCGGAUGACGGCGGCGGCAAGAACCACUUCUCGGGAUUUGUGCGGCUCUGGGCCGGGCUGCAACCCAUCCUGUGUGGGAACAAGCGAGAGAUCAACCCGGAAGCGCUGAAGCAGGGGAACAUGAGCUCCCUGGGCUUCACAAGCAAGGAGCAGCGCAACCUGGGCUUGCUUGUGCACCUAAUGACGAGCAACCCCAAGGUUCUGUUUGCGCCCGCCGGAUCGCAGGCCGACCAGGUCAUCCAAAAGGCGAACGAGACGUUUGCGUUCCUGGGGAACGUGACGCGCUACGCCCAGUUGUGGCUCAACGCCUCGCAGAAGAUCCGCGCGGUGCUGCACGGGGGCCAGCUCCACGACCACAUGGGCUGGGGGCGCCAGCUGGUGGAGGAGUUGUCGCGUCACCCGGAGCUGCUGAACCUGUCGGGCAGCCACCUCCGACAGGGCCUCUUGGAUGGCGCCACGCAGCCCCUGCCCAAUGCCUCCGUCGUGCUCAAGCAGCUGGACGUCAUUGAUAACGCGGCCUGCGGGUGGGCCCGCUUCAUGUCCAAGGUGAGCGUCGAUGUAUUCCGCGGGUUCCCCACGGAGGACGCCAUCGUGAACUACACGCUCAACCGCGCCUACCACGAGAACGUCACCGUCUUUGCCAGUGUCAUUUUCCAAACAGACCGGCACGGCGCUCUGCCGCCGCACGUCAUCUACAAGAUCCGUCAAAACUCGAGCUUCACGGAGAAGACCAAUGAGAUCCGGCGCGCCUACUGGAGGCCCGGACCCAACUCCGGUGGGCAGUACUACUUCUUCUAUGGCUUCGUGUGGAUCCAAGACAUGAUCGAGCGAGCGAUCAUCAACACGUUCGUCGGGCACGACGUGGUGGAGCCCGGCAACUACGUGCAGCUCUUCCCCUACCCCUGCUACACGCGUGAUGAUUUCCUGUUCGUCAUCGAGCACAUGAUGCCGCUGUGCAUGGUCAUCUCCUGGGUUUACUCCGUGGCAAUGAUGAUCCAGCACAUCGUGGCCGAGAAGGAGCAUCGUCUGAAAGAGGUGAUGAAGAUGAUGGGUCUGAGUAAUGCGGUGCACUGGGUGGCGUGGUUCAUCACGGGCUUCCUGCAGCUCUCCAUCACCGUGGCAGUGCUCACCGUCAUCCUCAAGUAUGGCCAGGUGCUCAUGCACAGCGACAUCUUCAUCAUCUGGCUCUUCCUCACCAUCUACGCCCUGGCCACCGUCAUGUUCUGCUUCCUGGUGAGCGUGCUGUACUCGAAGGCGCGCAUGGCAGCAGCGUGCGGGGGCAUCAUGUACUUCCUGAGCUACGUGCCGUACAUGUACGUCGCGAUCCGUGAGGAGGUGGCGCACGACAAGAUCACGGCCUUCGAGAAGUGCAUCGCCUCGCUCAUGUCCACCACGGCGUUUGGCCUGGGAGCGAAGUACUUUGCACUGUACGAGGUGGCGGGCGUGGGCAUCCAGUGGCACACCUUCCGCCAGUCGCCCGUCGAGGGAGACGACUUCAACCUCUCGCUCGCCCUGCUCAUGCUGCUGCUGGACAGCGUGGUAUACGGCGUGCUCACCUGGUACAUCGAGGCCGUGCACCCAGGCACGUACGGGCUGCCCCGGCCCUGGUACUUCCCCCUGCAGCGCUCCUACUGGCUGGGCAGCGGCCGCGCCGACGCCUGGGAGUGGAGCGGCUGGCCGUGGGGACGCGGCGGUGGCGGCGGCGUCGCCGGUGGCGCCGCGGGGCUAAGCAUCACCGAGGACGACCAGGCGUGCGCCAUGGAGAACCGCCACCGCGACGAGGCGCGUGGGAUGGAGAAGGAGCCCACGCACCUGCCCCUCGUGGUGUGCAUCGAGCGCCUCACCAAGGUCUACAAGACGGGAAAGAAGCUGGCGCUCAACAACCUGUCGCUCAACCUCUACGAGAACCAGAUCGUCUCCUUCCUGGGCCACAACGGCGCCGGCAAGACCACCACCAUGUCCAUCCUGACGGGGCUUUUUCCGCCCACGUCGGGCUCGGCGCGGAUCUACGGCCACGACAUCCGCUCGGAGAUGGACGCCAUCCGCAAGAGCCUGGGCAUGUGCCCCCAGCACAACGUGCUGUUCGACCAGCUCACCGUGGAGGAGCACCUGUGGUUCUACUCGCGCCUCAAGGGCAUGCAGGCCCAUGACAUCCGCAUCGAGACCGACAAGAUGAUCGAGGACCUGGAGCUGAGCAACAAGCGGCACAGCAAGGCGCUGUCGCUGUCAGGAGGGAUGAAGCGCAAGCUGUCGGUCGCCAUCGCCUUCGUGGGCGGCUCGCGCGCCGUCAUUCUGGACGAGCCCACGGCCGGCGUGGACCCGUACGCACGCCGCGCCAUCUGGGACCUCAUCCUCAAGUACAAGCAGGGCCGCACGAUCCUGCUGUCCACGCACCACAUGGACGAGGCGGAUCUGCUGGGGGACCGCAUCGCCAUCAUCUCCCACGGGCGGCUCAAGUGCUUCGGCUCGCCGCUCUUCCUCAAGAGCACCUUCGGCGACGGGUACCACCUCACGCUCGUCAAGCAGCAGAGCGGCGCGGAGCCGCAAGGCUGCACCACCGACGCCACCGCCGCCACCUCGUCGGCCUCUUCGUCCUCCUCCCCGUCGUCGUCGUCGCGCGGGAAGGGUGGCGGAAGCUCCCCGGUGGCGGGGGGUGCCGGUGGCGGCGGUGGCGGCGGCGGCGGGGGGGGCGAGAGCCCAUGCCGGGAGUCGCGGGUCACGCGUUUCAUCUGCCGCGUGGUUCCCGCCGCGACCCUGCUCUCCGACUCGAGCACCGAGCUGUCGUACGUGCUGCCCGCCGAUGCCGUGCGCAAGGGCUGCUUCCAGAAGCUUUUCCAGGCCCUGGAGGAGAAUUUGAUUGACUUGGAACUGAGCAGCUUUGGUCUGAGCGACACCACGCUGGAGGAGGUGUUCCUGAAGGUGUCGGAAGAGGACCUUUCCCAGGAGGCGAUGGAUGAAGAGGACGCGAGGAGCGGCGGCGGCGACGACUCCGCUGCCGCCACCGCCGGCAAAACCGGUGCUCGCUCCGCACGCUCGCCGGGCCGUGGCGCCCGCGGAGCUCGUCCUGCGGCGGGGAACGACGAGGACGACGACGAGGAGGACGACGAGGGAGGGACGAGCGGCACGUCGCCCGGGUCGUCGUCGUCGGUGGGCUCGGUGCGCGGGGACGAGUUUAGCGCCUACACCGACGUGUCUGGCGAGUAUGGCCCGCUGUUCGCCCGCGCCGAACAUGACGAUGACGACACCGCCAGCCUGCACGAGCCGGAGCCGCGUGCCACGCCAUCUCCGGAGCUCGACGGUCAGGGCAGCUACUCGCUGGACGAGUCGUGGCUGCGCCUGCGGCAGUUCCACGGCCUGCUGGUCAAGCGGCUGCACCACGCCAAGCGCAAUACCAAGGGGCUCUUCUCCCAGAUCCUGCUGCCCGCGUUCUUCGUCUGCGUCGCCAUGACGGUGGCGCUGUCCGUGCCCGAGAUCAGCGACCUCCCCCCGCUGGUGCUGACGCCGUCGCAGUACCACAACUACACGCAGCCACGGGGCAACUUUGUGCCCUUCGCCAACGAGGAGCGCAAGGAGUACCGCCUGGCUCGCUCCCCCGACGCCCGCCCCCAGCAGCUGGUGUCCACCUUCCGCCUGCCCUCGGGGCUGGGCGCCACAUGCGUCCUCAAAAGCCCCGCCGGCCCCGCGGCGCCGGCGGCGACGGCGGCGUCCGGCGCCAACGGCAGCAGCGCGGAGGCGGCGGAGGUGGCGGCGGUUCAGACGGCGAACCUGAGCGAGGCGGCACGCUCGCUGGCGGCGCGCCGCUUCGAGUCCAUGUGCCUCGACUCGUUCACGCAGGGCGUGCCGCUCUCCAACUUCGUGCCGCUGCCGGUGGCCGAGCCCAGCGCCGGUCCGUCGCUUCCUCCGUCGCCGCCGCCGCCGGUGCCGUUUGGCGGGACCGCCGCGGCUGCCGCGGCUCCCGCGGCAACCGCGGCGGUGACCGAUCGGGGGGGCGGAACGAGCGGUGUUGGACCUACCGGCACUACCGGCACCUCCUCUUCCUCGUCCGGCUCGGUGCACGAGGCGGUGCGCUGCGUGUGCGCCCCGCACGGCACCGGCUUCUACUGCCCGGCCGGCGCCGGCGGACACCCGCCCAGCACCACCGUGGUGACGGGAGACAUUCUGCAGGACGUGACCGGGCGCAACGUGUCCGAGUACCUGCUGUUCACCUCCAACCAGUACCGCUUGCACAGGUAUGGCGCCAUUACCUUCGGUAACAUCCGCAAGUCCAUCCCACACUCCUUCGUCAACAAGGCCCCCGCCUCGAUCCGCAAGAUUGCCGUGCGACGGGCAGCACAGGUCUACUACAACCACAAGGGCUACCACAGCAUGCCCACCUACUUGAACGUCAUCAACAACGCCAUCCUGCGCGCCAACCUGCCCAAGAGCAAGGGAAACCCUGCCGCUUACGGAAUAACGCUCAUCAACCACCCCAUGAACAAGACCAGCGCGAGCCUCUCCCUGGACUACCUGCUGCAGGGCACGGACGUGGUGAUCGCCAUCUUCAUCAUCGUGGCCAUGUCGUUCGUGCCGGCCAGCUUCGUGGUCUUCCUGGUGGCUGAGAAGUCCACGAAGGCCAAGCACCUGCAGUUCGUCAGCGGCUGCGACCCAGUCAUCUACUGGCUUGCCAACUACGUGUGGGACAUGCUGAACUACCUGGUGCCCGCCACGUUCUGCAUCAUCAUCCUGUUUGUGUUCGAUCUGCCGGCCUACACCUCGCCCACCAACUUCCCAGCCGUGCUCGCCCUCUUCCUGCUCUACGGCUGGUCCAUCACCCCCAUCAUGUAUCCGGCGUCGUUCUGGUUCGAGGUUCCCAGCACGGCCUAUGUCUUCCUCAUCGUCAUCAACCUCUUCAUCGGCAUCACGGCCACCGUCGCCACCUUCAUGCUGCAGCUCUUCGAGCACGACAAGGACCUGAAGGCCGUGAACGAAUACCUCAAGACCAUCUUCCUCAUCUUCCCCAACUACAACCUGGGCCACGGACUCAUGGACCUGGCCUACAACGAGUACAUCAACGAGUACUACAUCAAGAUCGGUCAGGCCGACAAGGCCAAGUCCCCUUUCAAGUGGGACAUCAUCACCCGCAGCCUCGUCGCCAUGGCGGUGGAGGGGGUCGUGGGCUUCUUCAUCACCGUCAUGUGCCAGUACAACUUCCUGCGCAAGCCCAGGCGCGUGCCUGUGAGCAGCCAGCCCGUGGAGCGGGAGGACGUGGACGUCUCCGCGGAGAGGAGGCGCGUGCUGAGGGGCGACGCCGACUGCGACGUCCUCAAGGUGGACAACCUCACCAAGGUGUACCACUCGCGCAAGAUGGGCCGCAUCCUGGCCGUGGACCGGCUAUGCGUGGGCGUGCGGCCCGGAGAGUGCUUCGGCCUCCUGGGAGUGAACGGCGCCGGCAAAACGACCACGUUCAAGAUGCUGACAGGAGAUGCCAGCGUCACGGGGGGGGAGGCCUUCCUCAACGGCCACAGCGUGCUGCGCGACCAGCAUAAGGUGCAGCAGACAAUCGGCUAUUGCCCGCAGUUCGACGCGCUCUUCGACGAGCUGACGGCACGCGAGCACCUUGAGCUGUACACGCGCCUGCGCGGCAUCCCCUGGAGGGACGAGAAGAGGGUAGUGAACUGGGCCCUGCAGAAGCUGGGCUUGACGAGCUACGCGGACAAACCGGCCGGCACCUACAGCGGAGGCAACAAGCGGAAGCUGUCUACCGCCAUCGCGCUCAUCGGAUACCCGCCCCUCAUCUUCCUGGAUGAGCCGACGACGGGCAUGGACCCGAAGGCACGGCGCUUCCUGUGGAACCUCAUCCUGGACAUCAUCAAGACGGGGCGCUCCGUGGUGCUCACCUCCCACAGCAUGGAGGAGUGCGAGGCCCUCUGCACCAGGCUGGCCAUCAUGGUGAACGGUCACUUCAAGUGUCUGGGCAGUAUCCAGCACCUGAAGAACAGGUUCGGCGACGGCUACAUGAUCACGAUCCGCACGCGCUCCACGCUGCUUGUCAAGGAGGUGCUGCGAUUCUUCAGUCGCAGCUUCCCCGACGCCGUGCUCAAGGAGAGGCACCACACCAAGGUGCAGUACCAGCUCAAGUCAGAGACUCUGUCGCUCGCCGCGGUCUUCACCAAGAUGGAGCAGGUGCUGGACGUACUGGGCGUGGAGGACUACUCCGUCAGCCAGACCACGCUCGACAACGUGUUCGUGAACUUCGCCAAGAAGCAGAGCGACAAUCUCGAGCAGCAGGAGAGCGGCUCGGGCCCCGUCGCGCCGGGCCGCGGCGCCGCAGGCUGCCUACCCUGCUGCCCCCCCUGCUGCCCCCCGUGCUGCCCACCAUUGUCGCCGGCCUGCCCGCCGCCGGCUCCGGCCUGGCUGUGCCGCGGUGCUGCCCGCUCAGCGGAGCUGCAGGCGCUCAUCCGGGAAGCGCCACGGCGGCGGCGCGGCGAUGACGAGGAGGAGGAGGAGGAUGAAAGGGCCGGGCCGUGCGCCGGCGAUGACGAGCAGCUGGUCAGCGGCGACGAGGACGGCCUCGUGAGCUUCGAGGAGGACAGGGCUCAGCUCGCGUUCAACACGGACACCAUCUGCUGAGGCCGACAGCCUCCGCAGCUCCCUCGCUGCCCUCCCUCGCCCGUCUCUUCUCCUCCCCCGGCGGUGUGGAGUCCGCGGGGGAGGAGCGCCGGCACGUCCGUGCGACGAAGGUCGAAUGCGCGAGCACCUGGAAUCUCGCGUCACGCCGCUGGUGGAAAGGAGCGGUGCCUCGCCCCUCGACUGCCGGAGGAGGGGAGCGCUCGGGAGGCGGACCCCCCGCCCCCCCCCCCCCACCCCACUUCCCUGGCUCGCCAGGAGAAUUGUGGUAACGGCAGAAAUGUGGCUGAAUCUCCAUGUGUUCCAUCUCUGACGGGUGUGUUCCCCCACCCCUCGCACGCACGGGGUUUGUGUGGGUUUUUUUGUCCGACCGCUCCCGUUUCCUCCCAUGUGUAUAAACUCUCAUUAAUUGACCGAAACCACCUUCGUGCGUAGAGGAUGGCAGAGCCUUGGCAAUCGUCGGUAGUGCCGGCUCGGCACCGCGGCCGCUUUCCGCCUUUCCCGCUCCUCGUCUGCGUUGACUCCUCCCGGCCGGCAUGCAGGCAGUACCCACGCUUUACCCCACCGUACACGACCUACCGCUUGACUAUCCGCGAAGCCUCCGCUUUUGCUGCUGGGUGGUCCGAGGCAGUUGGGAGGGUACGGUACGGGGGGUUUAAGAAAUGUGCGCCGUUGUUGUCUGCUGCCGGCGCUUGGGAGAUUUAAUCGAAGCGGUCACCUCUGAAAUUCCGACUGCACUGCGCUGACCGGUACCCGUCCGUGUAUCCAGGCGAGCGGCCACUGGGGUGUUGUGUGUGUCCAGUCACCCGCAACGCGUGCAGGCAUGGCUGAGUGAUGACCCCAACGCGUUCAGGCGUGACUGAGAGAUGACCCCAACGCAUUCGUGCGAUGGGCGGCAGCGCUGCUCAAUUCUUUGCACGCAUUUGGUGGGAUAGGCUCGUACGUGGGCCGUAAGCCGUGAGCUUGCAAGGCGCUCCGUGUGGUGCAUGCCGUUUGACCGGCUGUGUCCCCGACCCAGAGUAAUGCAACGUGUCCUCAAAAUACCGGAGUAAUUUAGUGGGGUGGGUGGAGGUGGGUUGCCCCCUUUAUAUCAAUUUUUGUUCCCCUACAAACUCGCAUUAUUUCCUUUUAAGACCAAAUUCUGCCUCAUUUUACAGCUCGUACUAUUCUUUACAUUGCUCUGAAUGUAUACCGUGAAAGCAAUCGCUGUGUGUGUGUAUAUAUGUGUAUAUAUAUGUGUCGAGCAACACGUAGCACACGUUAAAAAUGCGUCGCUAGAAACCCACUGGGAAAAUCCCGCGCCAAUUCUGGACCAUCUGCAGCCAUCGCCAAAGCGUCCGCUAGGGAGCUUGGGGCCCUGUCGGCGCGCGGUGGUCAUCUUCGCCGGCGCCCGGGGGUCAUCCCUGCCGGCACUAGGGGGCCAUCCCCGCCGGCGCCCAAAAGCCGCCGGCACCGGGGGUCUUUGCCCCCCCCAGCGCAGCGGCGUGUGGAGGGGACGCGGCCCUUAAUGACGAGGGCCAAGCAGCGCUCUGCUGCGCGCCCGUUGCGUUUGUGGGCUUUGGGGGUUUGCGCCUUCUACGCUUGGUUGCAGAGACACGACGCUGUGCGAGGGACGCUGUGCGGGGGACGCUGUGCGGGGGACGCUGUGCGGGGGACGCUGUGCGAGGGACGCGCCGUGGUUUGGCCGGGCGGCGGCAGGGGGAUAGACGUUAGGCCGCAAGCGGCGUGCGCCGCACUGUCAUCCAGAGAUGUGGAGGCAGCGGCAGCGAGGGGUUGGUGGAUCACCGCACACAGGUGGCUGUGUGAAACUCCCUUCCCCUUGGGUGUCAAGCCGGAGUUGUAACCUGGCUCUGCCAGGAGAUGGCGGUACAGCAACGAUGUGCGCUCAACCCCGUUCUGUCUGCAUGGGAUCGAGUGUUUACCCCCUCACACGCGUGGGUCUUUCUUGCGGGUGCUCUGGUUUCCUCCCACACGUAUAAACGCUCCAUUAAUUGGCCGAUAACACCGCAUAUAAAAGACCGCAGAGCUCGGGCAAUUGUUGGCGCUGACUUAUUGUGUGGCUGCUGCCUUCCUUCUUGUCUGUGGUUCCGCCUCGCACCUCCGAGUCGUCCUCUCGACGAGAGCGAGCGGAUAACCGUGUGACAGUGGCGCAUUGCUACGAUCUGACGUCAUGACUGCGGUAUAUCCACUCCCCUCAUUUCGAGGGCACGCAGUAUCACGCUACUAAUAUAUACAGGGCCCACCCCGACCCUGAAUUAACCCCCAGUAUUUUGAGAGACAGGUGUGUUCUCUUGAGAGUGCCGAGCCCAUCCUGGGAUGCUGAGUGUUAGCAGCCGAUGGGCUGGCCGUGUAUCCGGGAAGCCACGUUACCGUGACUGAGCAUUCGGAAUAACUCUGUUAACGAAUGAUGUGGAAUGACUUGCAUGGCUUUGCACUCUGCUGCACGUUGCGUGGAAUGCAAGCAAAGGUGGCGGUGACCGUUUGGUGGAGCCCUUUAUGUAAUAGGACGGUGGCGCUGUACGUGUGGUCUGCGAUUAAGUGGCAGACAUCAAAAGUGUGGACCGAGGGAAGAUGCAAUAUUUAUUAUUCCUUGCGGUUGAACGACGACAGAACAUUGGUGGAUGUCACAAAUGUGAAAGAAAUCGCUUCCGCGCAUUGCCCACCAAACGUGGAGUUGUAUGGCAGCGCGUGGAGUCACACGGCAUGGGUGAGGUCACAAGGUAGAAUCACGUGGCAUGGGUGAGGUCACAAGGUAGAAUCACGCGGCAUGGGUGACGUCACAAGGUAGAAUCACGCGGCAUGGGUGAGGUCACAAGGUAGAGUCACGCGGCAUGGGUGACGUCACAAGGUAGAGUCACGCGGCAUGGGUUACGUCACAAGGUAGAGUCACGCGGCAUGGGUGAGGUCACAAGGUAGAGUCACGCGGCAUGGGUGACGUCACAAGGUAGAGUCACGCGGCAUGGGUGACGUCACAAGGUAGAGUCACGCGGCAUGGGUGAGGUCACUGUUGGCACGAAGACGCUUCACGUUGUGGUAGGCGAUGUGAACAACCCCUUGUGCA